AUGAGGUCCAGGUCAGCCUUCGUCAAGAAGGUGCUUGGCUUGCGAGAUCCUCCCAAUCCACGCACUAAGUUUGAACAACCUCAUGAGGCAGAUCCAACGGUUCUAGAAUGGUUAAACGAUGGCGUUCCCUCCAGACAACAGGUUGGACAUUAUUUUGUGAGGCUGCUGCCUUUCUUACAAUGGAUCCGACACUAUAACUUGCAAUGGUUUUUGGGAGAUUUGGUUGCAGGAAUAACGGUUGGAGCUGUGGUAGUCCCCCAGAGUAUGGGAUAUGCCAAGCUGGCUAAUCUUCCCGUGCAAUAUGGACUCUAUACUUCUUUCAUCGGCGUUGUUAUCUAUUGGUUCUUUGCAACGUCCAAAGAUAUCACGAUAGGGCCCGUAGCUACCAUGUCAACAGUUCUCGGAGGCAUUAUCCGCGAUGUGCAAAAGGACCACCCCGAGAUUCCUGGUCCGCAGAUCGCCCUAACAGUCGCCAUACUAUGCGGAGGCAUAAUCGCAUUUAUGGGCCUAGCACGGUUAGGCUUCAUCAUUGACUUUAUCCCCGUUCCUGCAAUUACAGCUUUCAUGGUCGGCUCUGCUAUAAGUAUCUGCUCGGGACAAGUCAAGGGGCUGCUGGGCCAGACAGCAAACUUCGAAACGAGCACUCCUUCAUAUCGAAUAAUCAUCGACACACUGAAAUAUCUUCCCUCCGCGCAAGGAUACGACGCCGCCAUGGGCCUUACCGCACUCGCACUUUUAUACGCACUCCGAUCUGGCUUUAACUAUGGAGCUGAAAAGGUUCCACGAUUUGCCAAGGUCUUCUUCUUCCUCGGUGCUUUGCGUACAGUUUUCAUCAUCGCUCUUUACGCUCUUAUCAGUCUUGGCGUCAACCAACAUCGCCGCAACAAUCCCGCCUUUGCUUUGGUUGGACUAGUGCCUCAAGGUUUUGACCAGGCGGGUGUCCCUGUUCUGAAGCCUGAUGUAAUCAAGCUCGUCGUGUCCCAGCUACCCGCCUGUGUGAUCUGUCUCCUCAUCGAGCACAUUGCAGUCUCGAAGACAUUCGGACGUGUCAAUAACUACACAAUUGACCCCUCGCAAGAGCUUAUCGCCAUUGGUAUCACCAACCUCCUUGGUCCCUUCCUUGGUGCUUUCCCAGCGACAGGUGCUUUCUCACGCUCGGCUAUCCAAUCGAAGUCCGGAGCACGCUCCCCCUUUACUGGCAUCAUAACCGCCUGCGUCGUCCUAAUCGCCAUGUACACUUUGACCUCCGGCCUCUACUAUAUCCCCAAAGCAACACUAUCAGCCGUCAUCAUCCACGCAGUUGGAGACCUGAUCGUUCCACCCAACACCAUCUACCAAUUCUGGCUCAUCUCACCCCUAGAUGCCGUCAUCUUCGCAGUGGGUCUGAUUGUCGCUUUGUUCAGCACGGUCCCAAACAGCAUCUAUACAACCGUCUGCAUCUCUGUGGCAGUUCUGUUAUUCCGACACGCAAAAGCAUCAGGCCAAUUCCUCGGCCAAGCCUGGAUAAGCGACGAAAGCAAACAGAUUCCUCUCUUCCUACCUAUGGAUGACCCAAAAGCGAACCCCUCUAUUCAAAUUGAGAAACCCCGCCCAGGCGUCUUCGUCUACCGCUUCUCCGAGGGCUUCAACUACCCCAACGCCAGCCACUACUUCGACACUCUCGUCCAAACAAUUUACAAGCACACGCGCGGGACGAAUGCAGAGCUAUAUACGAAAAAGGGCGAUCGUCCCUGGAAUGAGCCGGUCUCUUCUAGUACAGAUGAUUCGCAUCUGCCGAUGCUACGUGCUGUCAUUCUUGACUUCUCCGCUGUGAAUAAUGUCGAUGUGACCUGUGUGCAGAAUUUGAUGGAUAUACGCACCCAGCUGGAUCGUCGGUCUGCACCUAUUGUUGUGCAAUGGCAUUUUUCCAGCAUCAAGAAUCGAUGGACAAAGCGUGCGCUAAAUGCGGCGGGCUUUGGAUCUUCGCCGAGUGUCAGUGAUAAGGGAGAUGAAGCGCCAAGAUCACAAUGUUCGGACGGAUCGACAGAUGAAGAGAAGGGUGGCAUGGAAAUGUCGGUCUCAUCUGGAGCGGCGGCUGAUGCAUUGCUGAAUGCGGGUCGGCCAUUUUUCCAUGUUGAUUUAACAAGCGCGCUGCGAAGUGUGGAUGUAUAUUUAGCUUCGAAUCCUUUUGCUUAG